CUGCGGCUCACAGCUCGGCAGCGGCACAAUAGCAGCGUCAUGUCUGGCAGAGGCAAGGGCGGGAAGGGGCUCGGCAAGGGCGGCGCCAAGCGCCACCGCAAGGUGCUGCGCGACAACAUCCAGGGCAUCACCAAGCCGGCCAUCCGCCGCCUGGCUCGGCGCGGCGGCGUCAAGCGCAUCUCAGGGCUCAUCUACGAGGAGACGCGCGGCGUGCUCAAGGUCUUCCUGGAGAACGUGAUCCGCGACGCCGUCACCUACACGGAGCACGCCAAGAGGAAGACGGUCACGGCCAUGGACGUGGUCUAUGCCCUCAAGCGCCAGGGACGCACCCUCUACGGCUUCGGCGGUUAAAGUCUUAUUCCUGCAUCGUUUCAGAACCCAAAGGCUCUUUUAAGAGCCACCCACUCGUUCCUAUGAAGAGCUGCAACAUUGUUAUUUUGAAAGGACAGUGAAAGAUUUUUCGGUGACUCGUAAAGCAUAAUCUAUCUUUUUCAAAAGCUUUAUUAGAUAUAUGUGACCUGGCAUUCUAAUCUUGCUGUUGGCAUUGUUUUUAGCAGUGUGGGAAAAAAAAGCUUCUGUUUUACAGUUUUGUAGCCCAAUAAAUAACUUCAAAUCUUCUUUGUAAUCAAAA